AAUGAGUGACUGGACGGCUGGGCAGAGGGCAGGUAUACUACACACCAUGACAGCCGAGCUAAAUGUCACUGAAAACUGACUGUAGAUCAUCUGAAAACACGUCUGCCGAGUCUGGAAACAGAUGGGAAGAAGAGAUGAGCGGCCAUCUUUGACCUGAGCUCGGACCGUCAUCUGAUCCUGACCGGACCCGUUUCCUGUCCGCCCUGCGGGGGACUCAGAGUUGCCAUGGAGACGGUGGUGAUCGUGGCCAUUGGGGUGCUGGCGACUAUUUUCCUGGCCUCGUUCUUUGCCCUGGUGGUGGUGUGCAGACACCGCUACUGCCACCCUCACGACCUGCUGCACCACUUCGACUCCAAACCCACAGUGGAUCUGAUCGGUGCCAUGGAGACGCAGAGUGAGCCAUCGGAGCUGGAGCUGGAUGACGUGGUCAUCACCAACCCUCACAUCGAGGCCAUCCUGGAGGACGAGGACUGGAUAGAGGACGCUUCCGGUUUGGUCUCUCACUGCAUCUCCAUCCUCAAGAUCUGCCACACUCUGACGGAAAAGUUGGUUGCCAUGACGAUGGGUUCAGGAGCAAAAGUCAAAGCACCAGCCAGCUUAAAUGACAUUAUCACAGUGGCCAAGCGCAUCAGCCCGAGGGUGGACGACGUGGUCCGGUCCAUGUACCCUCCUCUGGAUCCAAUCCUCCUGGAUGCCAGGGCCACCGCUCUGCUGCUUUCCGUCAGCCACCUGGUGCUGGUCACCCGCAACGCCUGCCACAUGUCCGGCAGCAUGGACUGGAUCGACAAGUCGCUCCACGCAGCCGAGGAUCACAUGGUGGUUUUACGUGAGGCUGCUUUGGCCUCCGAACCAGAACGCAACUUACCCGGAGCCGACGCUCAGAGGGAGCAGGCCAUCUAAAAGCAAACAAACAGCAGCUGCAGGGAAGAUUUAUGACUCAGCUGUGCUCAAAUUCUGUACCAGAUGGAUAUAAAAAAGGCUUGUUUUCUGUUGAAAGGUGAUUUUUUUUUUUUUUUUUCCAAAACCUAUCAUCCUGCUCAGAAUAAGAACAUUUCUGAGCAGUGAACAGGCUGUUCUGACAGAUGCAGGAGCUUGAUAUAAUCCCUGCUGUUCACAUCUCACAUUAAAAAAACAAGACAUGAAGUCAUACUUGCACCAAGAGGUACGGGGAAUUACUUUGCACUCACAAUAUUUGCAAGUGCAAGGUAAUCAGUUUUAUUCUCUGUUUGAAGUGUUACAGCAGAUAUUUUCUGUGAGGAAAAAAGUCUUCCUACGGGUUUCCUGAUGUGUGCCAUUGCCCAGCAGUGGACCUAAAUCCAGUUUAACCAGCGCUACCCAGUCACAUGGAGGCUUAGUCACCUAAUCUACUCUGAGGAGAAGUAACAGCCACUAGUCAGUGAACCAGAAGGAGCUUCUACUCAGUGGAUUCAUGUAAGAUUAGCGUGACUUCGGUUCUAACAGUAUGUGGGGUCAGUGUGACUUCUGCAGGUUGACAGAUGACAACUCAGAUAGUCUGAAAGUGGUAGAAAUUGUUGAGAGACCAUGUUCAGUACCCUACACACACACAC